AGAAGCUCAUCUAAAUAUAGAUGAAUAAAUAUUAAUUAAAUUAUUAUACCUGUAAUUUAUCUAUUGAUAAAAAUAUCAACUAAUUUAAGAGUAUUUACUUGUUUAGGAAUAUUUGCUUUUCUAAAGUUUUCUUUUUUAAAGUUGAAUUGUAAGAAUAAAUCAUUCGCGUGACAUUUAAAGAUGAUUAUGAAUAUUAUUUACAUCAUCAACUUCGCUUGGUGUGGUCAAUAUGAAAUUAUAAAUUAGCUAUUUUACGGUUUAUUUCUGUGAGUUUUUUUCCAGACUUCUUUCUUUAGAAUGGGAUUUGCAACUGAUCUCCAGGGUAAAACCUCUCAUGAAGCUCUCAUGUCUUUACAAGAUGCAGAACUUAGACUUCUGGAGAAUAUGAAACGCUGCAUGUCACUGAGGGUGAAGUGUGAUCGAGAGUACGCAAUCGCCCUCAAUUCAGUCUGCAUACAAACUCUUAAAAUUGAUCAAACGGAGUUGAAAGGAAGCAUGGUUGCUAGGGCAUGGAGUGUAAUAGCUGAAGAGACAGAAGCCAUGGGACGUUUAGUGAAACAGAAUGCUGAUUAUCUGGCCUCCCGCACAAUCGAUGAAAUGAAUGCUCUUAUAUUAGAGAAACGAGCGUUACGAAAGCUGUACAUGGAUGAGCACAAUAGAAUUCAUGGGGAGCUGCUACGGUUACAAGAUGCUGUUAAUAAAACCCGAAAUCUGUAUGAAAAAUACUUAGAGCUGUGGAGGGUUUCCAAAGCUAAAUAUGAAGACCAAUAUGUGAAAGGUAAGGGUGGAAAAAAAUUGGAAGAAGCCAAAGAGAGAUACAUGAAGAUAACCAAUAAGCUUCAUAGACUUCACAAUGAUUACGUCAUUCUGGUGCACGAAGGGAAAGAAUACGAGAAGCAUCUUCGUAACACGAUGCUUCCCUCACUCUUAGAAUACCACCAGACGGUGCUUCAGGAAGCUGUUGACAGAUGGAAAACUCUGAUGCUUCAGUUUGUGAGUUACACAGAUUUCUCCAAUGACACGUUUCGAUCUCUGAACAUCAAAAUUAAAAAAAGUGUCGAGUCUGUUGCGGGAGAAGAUGAAUAUAAAGAUUUUACUGACAAGCAUAGAUCUCAUCCACCCAAUUUAAUUGACUUCAAGUUCGAUAGUAGUCUUCUACACGAUUAUAACGGACCCUUAAAGGCAAAUCAGCUUGCUAUGGAUGAUAUGACUUAUGAUGCAUUACGGGAAAAGCUUCUCAGCAUAAAAGAUAAAAUUUCCCAGUGUCAGGCAGUUAUUAAAGAAAAGGAGUUAGAAAUUGGUCAGUGUGAGAAUGAAAUGAAAUCUCUACGCCAAACAUCAGAGACAGAAAACAUGCUUAGUGUUAAGCGACGUGCCAUUGGAAUUCUGCAGAAGGAAUUGAAUGAACUCUUGUGUCAAGAGCAGCGGCAUCAACAGCUCCACAACCUCAUCUCAGGCUGGCUUGACAAUGUUCAGGCUAACAAUCUUCCGCAGGGCAUUGAAUUCUUUGAUCAUUCAAAUAUUCAUGAAACUGUUAAAGAUGCUGAUACUUCGAGUUUGAAUGCCUUAGGGAAAAAGUCUGCUCGAAUAAUCAUGUCGAAAUUGCGACAGCCUUUUCAUGCGUUUCAGAGGAAGACAAAUAAUUCAUUUGAAGAAUCAUUUUCAAGCCCUGCAGUUCAUCAAAGUUACUCACUGACAAGUCCUGGGAAUGAUAAUGUUAAUCUUAAUCCAUCUUACAUGAGUCUUCAAGAUGAAGAUUGGUUUCAUGGUGUUCUGCCACGAGAGGAAGUGGUUCGCCUUCUGCAAAAUGAAGGGGAUUAUCUCGUUCGAGAAACCUUCCGGAACGAGAGCAAACAAAUCGUUCUCUCUGUCUGUUGGGAGGGUCACAAGCAUUUCAUUAUUCAAACAACACCAGAUGGGAAAUUUCGAUUUGAGGGACCUGCCUUUCCAUCUGUGCAGGAACUGAUACUAUACCAGUUUCAUUCAGGACUUGCAGUGACGGGUCGCUCUGGUGCCAUCCUUAAAACUCCUGUCUUGAGAGAAAGAUGGGAGUUAAAUAAUGAUGAUGUUGAGCUCGUGGAAAAGAUUGGAAGGGGAAACUUUGGGGACGUGUACAAAGCGAUGGUGAGGGCGACGGGGAUUGAGGUUGCAGUGAAGACGUGCCGUAUGAAUCUUCCAGAUGAGCAGAAGAAGAGGUUUCUGCAAGAAGGAAGAAUCCUGAAGCAGUACAACCACCCCAACAUUGUGAAGCUCAUUGGUAUCUGUGUUCAAAAGCAGCCCAUUAUGAUUGUCAUGGAACUGGUACCAGGUGGUUCCCUUCUGAAUUUCUUGAGAAACAACAAGCACAAUUUGUUGAUAACUGAUCUGUUGACGAUGUGUCUAGAGGCGGCUAGAGGAAUGGAGUAUCUUGAGAGUAAAAACUGCAUUCACAGGGAUUUAGCUGCAAGGAACUGCUUGGUGGGGCAUAAGAAUGUUGUCAAGAUCUCAGAUUUUGGAAUGUCACGUGAAGAGGAGGAGUACACGGUCUCGGACGGAAUGAAGCAAAUACCCAUUAAAUGGACCGCACCUGAAGCUCUCAAUUACGGAAGAUACACCAGCCUAUGUGAUGUGUGGAGUUACGGCGUCCUUACGUGGGAAGUCUUCUCAUUAGGUAACACACCCUAUGCUGGAUGGUCAAAUAGUAAGGCCAGAGAAAUGAUUGAUUCAGGCUACAGACUGGAGUCACCCCCCAACACUCCUGAAUACAUAUACGAGCUGAUGAUUAGGACGUGGGAUUACAACCCGGAUAGAAGACCCCAUUUUGCUGAAAUUAGAGAAACACUAGAAAGUAUUACUUCUAGUUUUAUUUAACAUCGUUUUUAUUAGUUGAGUAAAUUAUAGAUCAAAAAAGAAAUUGGUCAGUGAAUUGGAUAAAAAUGUCUUCAACAGUUGUUGGGGGGGGGGACAUUUCAUAUGCUAAAAGAAAAAGCAAUGUUCAUUAUUUUAAUACAUUUUUUUAUUACAAUUUUUGGAAUUUUACAAUAGUUGUAUUCUGUAUUGAAUAUAGUUGUUAUAUUAAUCUCAGAUAUAUUGUAGCAAACAAAUUGUGGUGAUGUUGUUGAUUUUUUCAGAAGGAAAUCAUUAUUAAGUUUGGUUCAAUUCAGUGUGAGUUUUAAAAAAAAUUGCUGCUUACAUAUUUUUUCAAAAUUAUUUAUUUAAAAAUUUUAUUUAAGUGAAAUUUUUUUAAAAUUUCUGAUAAUGUAUACUGAAUACGUAUACCGAAUUCCAAUAAAAUGAAGAAAAAUUUCAAGAAUUGGAAUCAGCAAAAAUCACUUGUUAUCAAUGUUAGAAUAAUGAAAAGAAAAAAAGCUUUUUUUUACCUACCUUUUUAAAAAAUAAAAAAUUUUUUCAUUAAGGUAACACAAGGUUGUCACUUUGGCAGAAACUUAUUUCGUCUAGGAUAAUAGAAGAAACUGGAUAAAAUGGAAGAAACUAAAAAUAAGUGAUAGAAUCAUUUAACAAUGUGAAGAGCAAUAUCAGAAUGACUUAAAUUUAAACAAAUUAAAGUUAAUAUGUUAUCAGAAAGUUAAAAACUUUUUCUCAUUAACUCUUUUUUUUUUACAAAAUAAUAAACUUCUUUUAAUUAUUUAUUGCAGAUUUUAAUAAUCUGGACAGUAGAAAGUCCCAUAUCCAUAUGUUUGUUUUCCAGGAAGUUCUAUUUUCGGAACAUAUUUUAACAAUGAAGACAAAUCUCUUUUCCCUCUUUUUUUUGUUUUAUUUUAAAGAUUAAUUUUUUUUCCUUUCCUUUUUAACCUAUUAAAAGUAUUUGUAAACAAAUUUUUUGUUUUGUUUCUUCUUCCUGCUUUUCAGAUAGCUUAACAUUUAUUCUGCUUCAAUAAGCAUAAAAUGUUGAAAAGACAAGAGCAGUUGGUGAUGAGAAUGAACUUUGAAUAUUAAUGAAGCUGAAUAUUAAUAGUGCUUGAAAUCAAUAUCAGCAAACAAGCUUUAUAUCCCUUUAAAUACUUACAGAAUAGAAAAAUAAGAACAAAAAAAAAAUAUCCUUAAUCAUGAAAGAAAAAGUUGCUCACUGUUAUUUAUAUAUUAUAUUAUCAAAUUAAUAAGUGUUUAGUUAAUUACACGUCAUUCAACCUGUAACAAAAUGUUGUCAUAUGAAAUUGAUGUUAAUAAGUUUUUUAUUUUAUUUUAUUGAAUGAGGUAUAUUUUGAAGUUUCUUCAUCUAAUCUGGAAAAAUGUAUUUUCUGGACCUUUCAUGAAAUUACCAAUUCUGGCAAUUUCAUGAAACUUUAUACUUUGGACAAUUCUGGAUAUGGUAUUUUCUACUGUUUAUCAUAUUCUUUAAAAGUCGGUUUGAUAUUAAUACUGAACAAUAUUUGAUUAUGAAAAUGAGUGUGCUAUUUGUAAUUGUAAAUUUGAUUUGUGAUUUGUUAAUUUCGUGUAUAAAAAUGUGAUUUUGAUAUUUUAACAGUUCUUCUAUAUUUAGUUUUACUUCUUAGUUUUACACAUAUUUAAAAUAUAUGUACUAAAUAACUUGGAAAUUAAUAAUAUUUAAACUAGAUUGCAAAUAUAAAUUGUUUAAGAAAAAAUUUCAAUAAUUGAUACUCAUUUUUGAAAAAGAUUUUCUUUCAUAUGGGUUGGAGGAAACCUAUUUCUUCUGGGGAGGUUUUUUCCACUGUGAACAAAACUUGCCAUUCCUGAAAGAAACAGAAGAAAAUAUUAAUGAUAUUUUAUCACUGACACUCUUUUUUAAAUGAACAGAUGCUGUGUUUCCAGCAAUUUUCUCAAAAUAUCCAUAUAAAGCAAUGUUUUUAAAAAGAUUCUCUCGAAUAUGAGGAACAAAAAGAAUGAAUGGCAAAGUGACUGAAAAAAACAUGAAUUUCAGCUCAGUUUUCAGUGUGAUUUCUGUAGUCAUUACCGACUUUCCAAAUAUGAUUGUGAACACAUUUUCUACUUUUUUCAUAAUAUCUAACUUUAUGUAUAUUUAUUUAUUUUUAAAAUUUUUUUAUUGCAUUUGCGUAAAAAAAAAAUUCCAGUUAUCAAAGUAAAUUAAAACAGGUUUUUUUUAGUAUUGAUUUUAUAAGAAUUUCAGGUAAAUUUUUUUAUAUCUUUAAAUUAACUCAUAAAACUGAGCUUUAAAUGAGUGAGGUUUGACUGCAUUUUGUUGAAGUUUGUUCUACCAAUUUUAAUUGACCAGAUAGUUUGAACUGUUUCUCUCUCUUUUUUUUUUUUGUUAAAACAAUUUUGUUUUGUUAUCCAUUACAUUUUGUGCACCUUAUCUUUGAAUGCAAGAGACUAUUUGUUGGACAAAGAAAGAGUGAUAAUUCUUAACUUUCUUAUAAUUAUAUAAUUGUGCCAUAUUUUCAAUGGGCUGCCAAUUUUAUUUACAUUUUGUGCCAAGUUAAGCUAUAUUAUUUUAUAGCGAAAAAAAAAAAACGUUUUGCUUCAUUGAAUAAGUAUUUGUAGUUUGUAUUUCUUUGAAACUGUUUUCAUCAAUUGAAGGUAAGUAACAAAUGUGGUGCUAUAAUGUUUAUUAUUUUAUCCAAUUUUUAUUCACUUUAUUUAUCUUCAUCCUGUCAGAAAAUGAUGAAUACAAAUUCCUAUUGCAAAUUUAGUUUAAAUUGUUUGGAUAAAAACUGCAUAUCUGUUUUCUGUUAUGUACUGUACUAAACUCGGUGGGG